UGGACUGGCCCCCUGCUGAAAAAGUUUGCUGAUCCCAGCCAUAACACAUUGUAUAUACACUGUUCCACAGAAAUAACCGCCAAUAAACCAUAGUGGAUUGAUGUGCGGAUACAGUUGGCAGAAAAGGCUCCGAUAAAGAAAUGCAGUUGGAAAAUGUAUUGUUCUCCUUCCUAGCCUAGAGUGGCUGGGGAAACCCAGCCAAGUGGGAAGGGUAUAAUUAAUAAAUUAUUAUUAUUAUUAAUUAUUACCCGGUAUUAGCUUUGAGCCUUGAUCAGGCUGCUAUAGAUACUGAGUUUGCGUGUGAUGCUGCAGUUGUGGCUGGAAGUGGACGGCGUCCGCUUCUUCUUUGGGUGGUCAAUUGUAGCCAAGUAAGAUUGUCUUCCCUGAACACAGUUUUAACAGUGAGUCUGUAAGUGACUCACCUUGUUGUGGUGAGUGGGCUCGCACAUUCCUAUGACCCUUGUGAGCAAAGCCAUUGGGAAUCUCGAACUCCCAGCAGGGUCACCCAAGGUGGUAAGGUCAAAGGGGAGGAGCUAGACCAAGAAUGAUCCAAGAAGUCUUCAACGGCAGAACAGGCGGAUGAUUACAAGCGGUAGGUUACAACGGCUGUGUAGGCCAGGGGUUCCCAACAAAAUUUUCUCGAGGACCCCUCAUCGAGCCGCUAUUGUGACAAGGACCCCCAUUAAUUCCUAAUCCUAAAAUUAAAAAGUGAGAGCCAAAUCAAGAGUCUUUUUAUAUUUUAUAUUUAUACGUUUUUUACAGUUCUUCUUCAUCUGUAGGCCUUUGUUGUUUUAACGAACCACUUUUUAACCAACGGUCCAUUUUUAACUAUGCGAACUGUAGCUUCCGCGAAAAACAACGCUUUGUUUCCAAACACUACUGUUUUGCAAAGAGGCAGCGCGCGCCAGGGAGGAGGGAGGGGAAUGGAGAAGACAGGGUACCUGCGCAGUAGCGCACAAAUGAAGCCGACGCGCGCAAAGCAUCUUGGGGAGGUGAGCGUUAGUAGAAUGCACGCGGUGCCUCUUUGCAAAACAGUAGUGUUUGUAAAGCGCCACCUAACGGCAUACAGCAGAACUACUGCCUCUAUCUAAUUCUAGUUUUGCGCUAGACUCUGCUCAUGCAGGAAGUGGCCAAAACAAAAAAUCUGUUAUCAUACGAAAUAUAUUUAAUAUAUUUUUUAUUCUAAUAGCAUCUUGCGGAACUCCUCUGGCAUAGCUCACGGACCCCUGGGGGUCCGCGGACCCCCUGUUGGGAACCACUGGUGUAGGCGGAUGAAGGCUGCAGCAGAUAAGAAUCUACCAGUUGUUGUGAUACUCAUGCCAUCGGAAUAGAGCCUUACUGUGAAGACUGUGCGUUGGUCAGCGUGCACUGAUCUACACACAUAAAUUCAUGCACAGGCGUCUUCCAAAAACCCAUCCCAAACCUAAACCCCCAAAGUCCCAUGGCGACUGGCAAAUUGUAGUGGGGGCAGGACUAUGAAAUCUGGAAGUCCCUAGUCAUGAACCGGCACAUGGGUGGUGGAUACAGAUUCAGUUGCUCUGACUCGAGGAAUGAGGCAGUUGAGCAGCUCGGCAGCUGUAUCCAUGACUGAGCAGCCCUAUUUAGGAUCCACUCUGCUCACCCCCAAAAGGGGCAGGGGCUAGAAAGGGUGCCCUAAACAUAGUCUGCCUCCCAAUUUCCCUGACUGGAUUACUGCGCCCAGUGGGGUCAUCACCCAGCGGUCGUAAAAGACAAUUGAACUUUGUAACAUGGAAUAUACAGACUUUGUUGGAUAAGACAGAUAAUGAGCGUCCCGAACGCAGAACUGCCAUCAUUGCAAGAGAGCUGCGCUGUUUUAACAUCAAUACUGCAGCACUUCAAGAAACUUGGAAGAGGAGGUGAGGGGCAACAGAAGGAAGUGGACAGCCAUUUAAUGUCCACUCAUUCUGGAGUAGCCUUGAUGCACACUCAGUGAAAAUUCCUCCCUUAUCCCGGAAUGAAUAACUUUGAAGUGGGGGUGACGUGAUCAUCUCGUGUUUGCUAAGAAACUUUUAUCUCCUUUAAAGAUUAACAAUGCGCUUGGUAAUCACCCAAAAGUUUCUAGGGAUGAGAAACCUUAGAUAUGUCCGUAAUGUGUUUACUCAGUGAUGUCCAUGUGAGUAAAGAGAAUGCAGACUGAAAUUCAUAGGGAAAAUGAACAGACUGCUAAUGCCAUCACUUCUGAAACAAUCUACAGCCUUCGCUGUCUCGAUUAUAAAAACCUGCCAAUGUUAACGAUAAUCAUGGCUUCUGACAUGGUUUACAGGCAUAGCACAAAUAUUUAUUAUAUUAUUUAUGAGAUGUCUAGACCAACGUAUCCUAUAAAGUGACUGCAGGUGCUUCAUGUUAUUAUAAAACAAUUUUAUUAUACAACAAAUCAAAACUCUCUUUGGUAAAACGCAGCAGUGCAGAAUGAAAAGUUCGAGCCCGUGAGCCGCCAGUUAAGUCCUUCCAAAGGCCCUGGAGAAAAAGUGAGUUUUGACUUGGCGGUGGGAUUUUGCCGCCCUAGGUGCCAUCUUGCCUCUUCCACAUGUGACAUGCCAUAGCUGAGAAGGCCCUGUCUCAUGACACUACACCAUGAACCACGCUGCUGGUAUGAUGAUAAAAUGCAUGCAUGCCUCCCUGUCUGCAGGGUCCAGGACAUUUGAUAUUGCAUUCUCUGGGAUUAAUGCAGGAACUGUGUCUACUGAAUCAUUGCUGCUCUGAUGCAAAUCUGUUACAAAAUUUGUGCGAACUCCACAGCAGCCUCAUGCUUUGGAAAGGGGCAACGCUUUUCUUGUAUUGGUAGCACCACAAUAUUGGGCUUUAACCAGUCCCUGAAAUUGAGAGAUACUUUGAUUAAGACCAGCCUGAUGUAUUGUCUUGAUCCUUGAGUUUUCCAGAGCAUAAUGUUCGCAAAAUAAGCUAUUUAUCUUAAACUUUCCCCUUAAUUCCCACUAAUAAUUGAAAAACAAAACUCUUAUGAAAUGCCUAGCUCCCAGAUGUAGCUGAAAAUAUUUGUACUCUUGGCAAAAGUACAAGCGUGUGCCAGUGCCCUUGCAUGUUUCUACAGAUGCACAAAAAGGCAAAACAUUCUCUGGUGCUUUUGCAGUUCCGUAAGCUUCUUACUCAGUUGUUGUGGAGGCAGUUUCGUCGUUAAGUUACUGCUGCAUUUCAAGAUGGAGCCAUCUCCCUUUAACAGAAGGCAAUGGACUUCUCAUUCUCUGAGGAUCACUGCCAAGGAGUUGUCUUUUGUCAACAAGAACAAGUCAUCGGCUCUCAUGGAGAGGUUCUCCAAGUACCAGAAAGCAGCCGAGGAAGCAACUGCGGAGAAAAAAAGGAAUAACACGGAAAACCUCCCCCCUCAUUUCAAAAGGGGCACUCUCAGCGUCCUGAAGAAGAAGUGGGAGAACCCGCCGGAGGCUCGGAAGGAGGCUCUCCGAAGCAGCUGUGCUGAGGUUAGGCAGAAGUCUGUCAGCCCCGGUGGUGGAAUUGAAGGCAGCGCUGCUUCCCUAGCUGAAACUGACAAAGGCCCGGGGAUUGGUCCCGGCUUGCGGCUCCGUUCCUCUUCCGGAGUGAUUGGCCGGUUCAGAUAUCCCAGUGUUGACAGCGAGGAGGCGAAAGCCCAUUCGCCCGAGAGUGGGAAAAUGGAAAAUUGCCUUAGAGAAUCCAGGCAAGAAGUAGGAAAGCCCGAGGCCAAUGAAAACCCAGAUUCUUCAGGGAAAAUAGAGAAAUGUAGCGUUCCUCUGAGCAGGCUAAAGAUGAUGUUUGAGAGGGGGGAUGCGAGCCAGACAAAGCAGGUUUUUCGUGACCAAGGCAGGGCUGGUGGUGGUAGGAGAAUUUCGGAGAACAGCUUUUCCUCGGAAGACCUUGACUUCAGUUCCGGAGAAAGAAGCCACAACGUCUCAGGUCAUCCGCUGAGUACCUCUCCGACAUCAAGCCUGGAGAAAGCAGAGAGCAGGAAGAAUCAGGAAAUGCCUCGCUUGUCGGAAACAUCCAUCAAGGACAGGCUUGCUAAGUACCAGGCAGCUGUCUCCAAGCAGGGCAGCUCUGGUGGUCUUGUGAGUGAGACUCAAGCCAGCGAAAGCGAAGAUAAGAGCUACAAUUGUGAACAGAAGGAGAACUUCCCACCAUCCUCAGAAGAUACGUUUCCCCAGCAGGAUGGGGAGAAGAUUUCCAUAGUAGAUGGUCUGAAUUCCAGUCUCUGUGAAGAUGGCACUCCUGGGUUCAAGUUCCAGAAAGAAACGGAAGCCCCGAGGUCUGUCUAUGCCAAACAACAAAGUCCUGAUUCUAGAGCAUCUAGCCAGACGGACGCCUCUCCCCCAAAAACCGUGAAGAAGUUCCAGUUGCCAGCUAAGGAAAGUUGUGUUGCGUGUAAGAAGACCGUCUACCCAAUGGAGCGCCUCCUUGCCAACCAGCAAGUAUACCAUAUCAGCUGUUUCCGCUGUUCUUACUGCAACAGCAAACUCACCAUUGGAACAUACGCAUCUCUGCAUGGGAACGUUUACUGCAAGCCUCAUUUUAACCAGCUCUUCAAGGCCAAAGGCAACUACGACGAAGGCUUUGGGCAUAAGCCACACAAGGAACUGUGGGCGAGCAAAACGGAGAGUGAAGAAUCCCAGGAGAAACCUGCCUGCGUUGGAAACGCUGAGGAAGGCCCCCAAAGCCCUGGCGUGGAAGAUGCUCCGAUUGCAAAAGUCGGGAUUCUGGCAGCUACCAUGGAAGCGAAAGCUGCCGGUUUGCUCGAGAAGGAAGAGAGGCCGGCGGAAACCAAGAAGCUGAAGAUUGCCUGGCCUCCGCCUCCCGAACAAGGCAGCCAAGGUAGCAUUUUGGAAGAAGGCAUCAAGGUGUUGAAGCCAAAGUGGCCCCCGGAAGACGAAAUCGCUAAGCCAGAUCAUCAGGAAGAUGUGGACCAAGACCUUAAAAAGCUGCGGCGGUCGUCGUCACUGAAAGAAAGAAGCCGGCCCUUUACAGUCGCUGCCUCGUUUAGAACCAUAUCCGUAAAGAGCAACAGAACUGAAAAUGCGCCUCCUCCCAAGGCUGAAAGGAGCACAGUCAGGCGACCGGAGGAACCGGCACCGGAAUUGGCGGUGGAAAGCAAGCCAGAGAGAAAGAGCAACACAGCUGAUCCGCACAUGGGUGAGGGGGAUAAAGAGCUGGAUGAGGGGAAAGGAGAAGAAGCGAGUGGCGAAGAGAUCUUGGUUGAAAACGGCCAGAGGAGUGGCGACACGGAUGAGGAAGAAGAAAAUGCUGCAGGAGAGCCAGCCACGCUGGAGAAGGAGGAAGCACCAUUCCAUACGGCCCCUAAGCAUUCUGUCUUGAAUUCAACCACUGUAAAAGAAUUAUCCGCUAGCCCAAAUCGCAAAUCCCAAGACGUUGGAUUUUUUGAAGGUGAAGACCUUGAAGAAUUGACUGUGGAAGAGCAGAUUAAGCGGAACAGAUACUACGGCGAAGAGGAAGAUGACGAGGAAUAAAUUGGACUCUCUUUCACUAAAGAACUUAACUGCAGGGUGCUGGGCCUUAAAAUCGGUGUGUUUAGCCUUUGGGUUUUUUUGUUUUCUUCCUAAAGCAGCUUCCCUCGGUGAAAGAGGUUGAUGCAUAAGGGAACCAUAAAGACUUGCUCAGAUUCGAAUUUUAUAGGAAAGCUUGUUGGGAACCUGCAAGAAUUUUUAACCAAACUUGUGAAAAUGGAUAGUAUGCAUAAAAUUGUUGUGGGAAAAGCUGCUGCCUCAAUUGAGCAAAAAAAAAGAAAAGAAAAAAAGAAAAACCCUGUACAUUUCUGAAUUCUGCUCUGUAACCUGGUCAGCUUAAAUGCCAUCUUUAUUCUCUUCUGCUUCUGGUAGUUUUCGGCCAUUUUUUUUUGCAGGAUGUCACUAUAUUCCCCUUAGGUGAGCUUGAAGGAGAAUGGGGCUGUCUGAGACACAGGACUAUUACCACUUAACAAUGUUACUGCAGUGCUUAGGGACCAGUUUCGAAGGGCACUUGGGGGAACCGUUUAAAUGGCAAUGACUGCACUUUAAUAAUGUAUGUGUAAAGGCACAAUAGAUACAUUUUUGAAUAGUGAAAACACUGUCUCUUCUAGAUAAUGACAGUAUCUGAAAUAAAAGUCAGCAGCGUGGUUUUAGGGGGAGGCUGUGUUUACUUGGCAGCCACCAGGAGAGAACUGUCUUUGCAUUAGGCUCUUUUUGUAUAUGACUUGUUGUGCAUUAGGGUCCAGGUGAAUCUCGAAUCAGCUGGCUGGCCAGUGAAAAAGAGGAUCUGUCUCAUACCUGGGCUUAGAAGCACAGCAUUUUAAUCUACUGGAGCAAUGCUAAGGGAAGGAUUCUGUAGAGGGCAAAGCUUCUGUCUGCAGGGCAACGCUACUUUCAUUCCAUGUUUGUCUUUCCGAAUAAUGUUUUCUACUUGAAACUUUGCUUCUCCUUUUUUUCUGAAAACUCUGUACGUUUUAAGCAAUUCUAUGUGUACCCAAACUGCCAGAUGUAAGAGUCCACAUGAAAGAUGCUGCACGCAAAAAUCUCUGCGAUGACAAAAUAGAUGAAACAGUGGGAAUUUCUUGGGACUGAUUCCUUAGCAUUGUGCUUUUAGUGCUUUUCGACUUGACUGCAUGGUAUUUUAUAAAUCAUAGUAUUUUGAGAUGGGGUUAAAAGGGCUUUACCUAAAUAGUUUUUAAUCUUUUUUGUAAUGUAUUCACUGAGAUUAGCUCUAACUAUAUUUUAGAGUUGUAAAAUAUUCUGCUUUCUUACCAAUCUUGCUAAGUAUGAAACAUUUUUAUUCAAUAAAGGCUAUGGUCAUUUUUAUUGUUGGAA